CGGAUUUUUUAUCGAUAUCUCGUUGCGAGAUAUUGAUUCCGGCUUAUCGAAAAUCGAAACAUAUAUCGCAUAUCUCAUCGUAUCUCUCAAGUCUCUUCUUUCGUGGCGACGUCAGGACGUGAGUUUUCUAUAUUGACACAUUGCCAUGACUAACUCGAAAGGUUACAGACGUGGCACGAGGGACUUGUUCUCCCGCAAGUUCCGUAAACAUGGAACCAUUCCCUUAUCCACGUAUAUGAAAACGUACAAAGUCGGCGAUAUUGUCGAUAUUAAGGGAAACGGUGCUGUACAAAAGGGUAUGCCGUAUAAAGUCUAUCACGGCAAAACCGGUCGCGUGUUCAACGUGACUGCGCACGCCCUGGGAGUCAUCGUGAACAAGAGAGUGCGUGGACGUAUCAUUGCCAAGAGGAUCAAUGUUCGCAUCGAACAUCUGAGCCAUUCAAAGUGCAGAGAUGACUUCCUCAAGCGCGUCAAAGAGAACGAGAGACUCAGGAAAGAGGCAAAGGAGAAAAAUGUUCGCGUUCAGCUCAAACGACAGCCGGCCGAACCAUCUAAAGCACAUAUUGUGUCGGGACGUGAAGCGCCCAUCUUACUCGCACCAGUUCCAUAUGAAUUUAUUGCUUAAAAUAUUGAAUAAACUAUAAAAUUUUCAAAAUAGAAAUCUAAUCUAUUAUUCUUAUAUUACCAUCACAUAACAUUGCUUAAAAAGAGUUUGAAUAAUUAAUGCUCUGUCUUUGAAGAACAAAUAUCAUGUAUGAAAUAUUAAUAUGCUGCUUUUAAAUCUGAUUGCUUAUUUCAAUCUCAGACUAUAAAUAUAUCAUUGCGCAUAAUGCGUAACAAAUGAAA